UUUGUGGUGAUUGGCCCCUCGGACCCCAUUGUGGCAGUGCUGGGUGGGAACGUCACGCUGCCCUGUCAUGUGUCCCCAGUCAUGGAUGUGGAAAACAUGGAGCUGCGGUGGUUCCGCUCCAGGUUCUCAGAAGCAGUGUUCAUCUAUGAAAACCAGCAGGAACAGAAAGAAGAGCAGCUGGCUCAGUACACAGGGCGGACCUCGCUGGUGAAGGACUUCCUCAGCCAGGGGGACUGGCGGAAGGAGAAGUUCCAGGCCUUGUCUGUCACUCUGGAUCCAGCGUCUGCACAUCACCACCUUGCUGUCUCUGGUGGACAGACUAGUGUGACCUUGGAGGACACAACUGAGGACCCAGGAGAACCCUGUAGCAUCUUGGGCCAGGAGGCCAUCACAUCAGGGCGCUGUUACUGGGAAGUUGAGAUCAGGAAUGGAAACAGAAGCGAGUGGGGUCUGGGGGUCUGUAGGGGAGAUGUGGAGAGGAAAGGCUGGUACAGAGAGUGGCCAGAAGUGGGGUUCUGGGUUCUGGGAGGGUACAGAGGUAAAUUACAUGCUCUCGUCACUCAGAGUCAGGAAAUCUGUGAUGAAGUUCCCCACAGGGUGGGUGUUUUCUUGGACCUCAAAGAAGGGGAUGUCUCCUUCUAUAACAUGACUGAUGGAUCUCACCUUUUCUCAUUCCCUCUAACUUCCUCCACUGGGACUCUGUUUCCAUACUUCAUGAUUCAGUCAGGAGAUGUGUCCCUGACCAUCUGCUCUGUGGUGGGUGUGUCUACAGAGACCCCUGUGCCCCUUAACAAUCUUCCUUCUUCUUUGGAGGAAACUGUAAACCUCUCAGGGGAUGGGUUCAGCUCAGGCUCUGCUGUUGAUGGUGCUCUCCCAGGGGCCGACUCUCCAUUACUCCCCUAUGGCCCUGAGGCUAUGUGA